AUGCUGCUGGACGCCGGCCCGCAGUUCCCGGCCCUCGGAGUGGGCACCUUCGCCCGGCACCACCACUCGGCCGCGGCGGAGAUGCAGGACCGGGAGCUGAGCCUGGCGGCGCAGAACAGCUUCGUGGACUCGGCGGCGGCGCACAUGGGCGCCUUCAAGCUCAACGCCGGCGCCCACGACCUCUCCCCCGGGCAGAGCUCGGCGUUCACCUCGCAGGCUCCCGGUUACCCUGCCGCUGCCCUGGGCCCCCACGCCGCUCAUGUCGGUUCCUACUCCGGGACGCCCUUCAACUCUACCCGGGACUUCUUGUUUCGCAGCCGGGGCUUCGGGGACUCGUCGCCGGCCGGCGGACAGCACGGCAUCUUCGGCCCUGCGGCCGGCAGCCUGCACCAUCCGCACACGGACGCUCAGAGCCACCUCCUCUUCCCGGGCAUCCACGACCAGCACGGUCCCCACGCCUCCCAAAAUGUUCUCAACGGGCAGAUGCGACUGGGCUUGCCGGGGGAGGUAUUCGCCCGGUCGGAUCAGUACCGCCAGGUUUCCAGCCCCAGGACUGACCCUUACUCGGCGGCUCAGCUGCACAACCAGUACGGCCCCAUGAAUAUGAAUAUGGGCAUGAACAUGGCAGCCCACCACCACCACCACCCAGGUGCCUUUUUCCGCUACAUGCGGCAGCAGUGCAUCAAGCAAGAGCUCAUCUGCAAGUGGAUCGAUCCCGAACAGCUGAACAACCCCAAAAAAAGUUGCAAUAAAACUUUCAGCACCAUGCACGAGUUGGUCACCCAUGUCUCGGUGGAGCACGUUGGGGGACCCGAGCAGAGCAACCAUGUCUGCUACUGGGAGGAGUGUCCCCGCGAAGGCAAACCUUUCAAAGCGAAAUACAAACUGGUCAAUCAUAUCCGAGUGCACACGGGAGAGAAACCCUUCCCCUGCCCCUUCCCUGGCUGUGGAAAAGUUUUCGCCAGAUCAGAAAAUCUCAAAAUUCACAAAAGGACGCACACAGGGGAGAAGCCCUUCCAGUGCGAGUUCGAAGGCUGCGAUCGGCGCUUCGCCAACAGCAGCGACCGCAAGAAGCACAUGCACGUCCACACCUCGGAUAAGCCCUACCUGUGCAAGAUGUGCGACAAGUCCUACACCCACCCCAGCUCCCUGCGGAAACACAUGAAGGUGCACGAGUCGUCCCCUCAAGGCUCCGAAUCCUCCCCGGCCGCCAGCUCCGGCUACGAGUCCUCCACCCCCCCGGGGCUGGUGUCCCCUAGCGCCGAGUCGCAGAGCACCAACAACCUCUCCCCUGCGGCGGCGGCGGCGGCGGCGGCAGCGGCGGCGGCCGUGUCCGCCGUGCACCGGGGCGGCGGCGGCGGCAGCGGCGGCGGCGGCGGCGGCCACAGCGGCCUUUCCUCCAACUUCAACGAGUGGUACGUGUAG